AUGUGGAGUUUUGCAUCAAAUGCCAUAGCUGGAAGCAUAAAGAAAAAGGUACAACCAUCAAAAGGCAGCUUAUCCAAUCAUGAUUGCUCUGAUGACGAUGGUUCUUCAUGUGCAAGUCGAGAGGAAGGCCUUGAAUGCCCAAUUUGCUGUGAAUCCUUCAACAUCGUAGAGAACGUUCCUUAUGUCUUGUGGUGUGGUCACACAAUGUGCAAGAACUGCAUCUUAGGUCUUCAGUGGGCUGUUGUCAAGUUCCCAACCCUUCCUAUCCAGCUGCCUCUCUUUGUCUCGUGUCCUUGGUGCAACCUAUUAUCUUUCCGGCUGGUGUACAAGGGCAACCUCAAGUUCCCACGUAAGAACUACUUUCUGCUGUGGAUGGUUGAGAGCAUGAAUGGUGACAGAGCAAAGUUCCAUUCCUCUGGUCAUGAAGAGCGCCAAUCAGUAUGUCCCUCCAGUGGCGGCACCAGUUCCAGUCAACACCACCGAAGAACCCCUACGGCACGAGCAGAGACCUCCUCUUCUGCCAGAGAUAGAAAUGCCACUGCCAACACCUCCAACACUGCCAGCGUGUCUCUCCAAAAGCUUAUGGUGUGCUUCGUGCAGCUGACGGCCAAGUUCCCGCUCGUGAUAAUGUUCCUCCUCAUAGUUCUCUACGCCGUCCCUGCCAGCGCCGCGGUUCUGCUCCUGUACGUCCUUGUCACGUUUUUGUUUGCGCUGCCGUCGUUUCUGAUCCUCUACUUUGCUUAUCCCACCUUGGACUGGCUCGUGAGAGAGAUAUUCACUUGA